UUGAUAGUUGAUACCGCAUACCACGUGUUUUACUUUGUAAGAGUACAUAUUAAAUAAAUACGAUAAUAUAACAUUUUAAAUUAAUUUUUAGCAAUGGUUAUGCCUGACAAAAUAUUAAUGAGAAAAAUAAAAAAACGAGAGAAGAAAAAAUUGACACUAAUAGCUCAAAAAUCUAAUGUUAACAAUAAAGAAGAUUUAGAAGAGAAAGAAAGCAUAAAACAGGAGGCAAUCAAAAGAACACAUGUUGAAAAUAACAAUGAAAUGCUACCCAAAAAGAAAAAGAAAAAAAAGAAGCCAAAAACAGAAUGUAAUUCAGAUGAACCUGUACCAGAAAUAAAGGAAGAACCUGAUGAUAACAAUUCAGAAGCUGAUGUGGAUAACAAUAUUGAUGAAAAAAAGCAGGAUGCUGAGUUGCCUGGAUCAAGUUUGUGUCUUGGCAUCCUAUCAGAUCAGAAAUUUACGUCAUUGGAAGGCAAAGUUUGUGAACCCACUCUAAUGGGUAUCAAAGAUAUGGGUUUUACAACAAUGACUGAAAUCCAAGCAAAAGCUAUACCACCUCUAUUAGAAGGCCGGGAUCUUGUUGGUGCUGCUAGAACUGGAUCUGGCAAAACAUUGGCAUUCCUCAUACCUGUUAUUGAACUCAUUUACAAAUUACAGUUCAAACCUAGGAAUGGCACAGGUGUCAUUAUUUUGUCCCCAACACGAGAGUUGUCGAUGCAAACGUUUGGAGUAUUGAUGGAGUUGAUGAAAUACCAUCAUCAUACAUAUGGCUUGGUUAUGGGCGGUGCUAAUAGAAGUACAGAAGCUCAAAAAUUAUCAAAAGGUAUAAACAUAUUAGUAGCCACUCCAGGCAGGCUUUUGGAUCACUUACAGAAUACUCCUGACUUUUUGUUCAAGAAUUUACAAUGCCUGGUAAUAGAUGAAGCUGAUAGAAUUUUAGAAAUUGGAUUUGAAGAGGAAGUCAAACAGAUUAUAAAAUUAUUGCCUAAAAGGCGUCAAACAAUGCUAUUCAGUGCGACUCAAACGAAGAAAACUGAAGCAUUGACUGCAUUAGCUGUGAAGCAUGAACCAGUGUAUGUUGGUGUUGAUGACCACAGGGAACAGGCAACUGUUGACUCUUUGGAGCAAGGGUACAUAGUAUGCCCCUCUGAGAAACGGUUGAUGGUUUUGUUUACAUUCCUCAAGAAGAACAGGAAGAAGAAAGUGAUGGUGUUCCUGUCCACGUGUAUGUCUGUCAAGUAUCACCAUGAGUUGUUCAAUUAUAUUGACCUGCCAGUCAUGUCUAUACAUGGCAAACAACAACAAUCAAAACGUACUACUACUUUCUUCCAAUUCUGCAAUGCAGAGACUGGUAUACUGCUGUGUACAGAUGUGGCUGCCAGAGGACUUGAUAUACCCGCUGUCGACUGGAUUGUUCAGUAUGACCCACCUGAUGAUCCCAAGGAAUACAUUCACAGAGUUGGUCGUACUGCUAGAGGUCUUGGUACCAGCGGCCAUGCUCUAUUGUUCCUGAGACCUGAGGAACUAGGAUUCCUCAGAUAUUUAAAGCAGUCCAAAGUAACUUUAAACGAAUUCGAAUUUUCAUGGAACAAAGUUGCUGAUAUUCAAUUGCAGCUUGAGAAGUUAAUAUCCAGAAAUUAUUUCUUGAACCAAUCAGCGAAGGAAGCAUUUAAGAGCUACUUACGCGCCUAUGAUUCGCAUCAUUUGAAAACCAUAUUUGAUAUUGAUACUAUUGAUUUAGCAAAAGUAUCAAAGUCAUUCGGCUUCACUGUUCCACCGGCUGUAGAGCUCAAAGUAGCACCAAAAGGUCCGAUGCAAAAGCGAAAAGGUGGCGGUGGCUUUGGAUACUUCAAGUCACUUAAUGCUCCGAAUAAAAGGGUUGAGAAAACAAAGGUGUACCGGCAAAAGGGUGAAAACAGAAGGCCGAGAAGUUGAUGUUGUAAUAACUGUACUGUUAUAUUUGAUAAAAUAAAUUAUGUAAUGAAA